UGACAGUGACAGCGACAGCUUUCUUACAGAAAUGGCCCGGCUAGUUUGUUUACAAAUUCAUAUGGCCUAGAUUUAUAAUAUCUUUGAUAAUAAUAUUAUUAUAAAGCAAUUUACAAAAUGUCUUUCAAAAAAGGAGUCGAUCCCAAAGUUUUCAGAGCUAUUCAACAUGUCAAUGUUGAACAGCUUGCCAAAUGUACUGAGCAAGAAAUCCGGCCAGUUCUACCAUGUCUAGUUCGAAUGGGUUUGAUAUCGCCCCUUGAUACCUCCAAAAAGUGCAUGAACAUGAAAGUUACUAUUUUAACAAUAGUCUCAGGCAUGGAAUUGGUGAAUUCUAUUGUUGCUCUACUUUCAAUUGAUUUUCACAAAUUAGAAAUUGACGUAAAGAAAGAACAGCAACUUAGACAGAAGGGCAAUACUUUGCUUAAUGACUCCAUCCUAAUCGGAAAUCUAUCUAACACUAGUAUGGCAUUAGAGUAUGAGCGCAGUGACAUGACUCGCAGACUGAGCAUCCUCCUCGGAGAACUGCUCUUCAUCCAGUCACAAAUCCAAGAUGGAACUGAAUCUACAUCAGAACAAGAUUCCUACAUGAAAUCCUCUGAGCUAUUCGAUAACGACAUUUUUGCUGAGGAAUUGUCAGAUAUUAUAUGCAUUGCACUUGCUGAAUUACCUACAACGUUGAACAUAUGUAGCAUUGCAGAAACACUGUUGAGAGUCCACAAUGGUCCUGCUAUUAUCUGCAGGAUUGUGGCAAAUUUUCCUGAUUCGUUCAGAGAAGUGACAACAUAUUUGAUCCAAACUGGAGAAAAACAAGAAGAGAACAUAUCCAGUGUGGUGAGAACAAAAACGAUAUCAAUACUUUGCAAAAUGAAUCCCACUCAAUCAUUGUCUAUAAGAAGUAAAUGUGUGGAACUAUGUCGAAUGCCUGCAUUGGCAAUUAGUCUAUCAAUGGAUCGUAUUGGUAAAAAUGGUGUUGCUGAUUCCGAGGGAGAUAUGGUUGCUUUUGUAUCAGGAUUGUUAUUGGGAAAUGAUCAAACGAUACGAAAUUGGAUAGCCUCGUUUAUCAGGACUGGUCAAAAACGCAAGGGUGAAGUAUCCAGCAAUGCACUGCAACAAUUGCGAGAAGAACUAUCGAAGAGACUGCAGAAAAUCAUCGAUGCUUCUCCAGAAGGAGAGCUACCAGACAGUAUGGUAGUACAGGCUUCGGCUUUAUUGAGAUUGUACUGCGCACUUAGAGGAAUUGCUGCAAUAAAAUUCCAAGACGAUGAAGUUAAUCUUAUUGUUCAACUGUUAACUUCGCAUCCUAAUCCAACACCAGCAGGUGUGCGAUUUGUUUCGAUAGGACUUUGCAUGUUGAUAGCUUGUCCUUCGUUGAUUCUUUUGCCGGAACAUGAAAGACGCAGUAUCGAGUGGGUUCAAUGGUUGGUCAGGGAAGAAGCUUACUUCGAGUCAACUAGCGGAGUAACAGCAUCUUUUGGCGAAAUGCUACUGUUGAUGGCGAUUCAUUUUCACAGCAACCAGUUGAGCGCCAUCUGCGAUUUAGUGUGUGCAACGCUCGGUAUGAAAAUCGCCAUAAGACACAACAAUAUGACCAGAAUGAAGCAGGUAUUUACUCAAGAAAUCUUCACUGAACAAGUCGUCACUGCGCAUGCCGUUAAAGUACCUGUUACGAAUUCUUUAAAUGCCAAUAUGACUGGUUUUCUACCGAUCCACUGUAUUCACCAACUUCUGAAAUCAAGAGCUUUCGCAAAACACAAUGUUAACAUCAAAAAAUGGAUAUACAAACAAAUUUGUACGAGCGUCAGUCCUCUACAUCCCGUUCUGAGAAUGUUGGUAGAGGUUUACGUCAACAGCAUCAUAUUGCCAUACGUCCAUACGAACAAGCCAUUGACAGAAAACGAAAUACGCAAAGUUUUCCAAAGUUCCAUAUUUGGCCAAUACUUCGAUCAAAAGCACUCAAUCUUCAACAUGGACUUCGAAGUAAACUCCGAAUAUCAAGAUGUUGUCGUAGAUAAUACGAGUCUAACGCCCCAACUUCUACUCUUGUAUUAUCUGUUACUGUACGAAGACUGCAGAUUAAACAACUCUCAUCUGUUGGCUGCAAGCGGUAGGAAAAUUAAGAAGUACACUCCGGAGUUUAUGUCCGAACUACCUAUUAAGUAUCUAUUGCACCACGCCCAAAAAGAUCAAAGCUCCUAUUCAGGUUUAUUUGGCCCCCUAUUAAAACUCCUGGCCACUCAUUUCCCCCACCUAACGCUAGUGGAGGACUGGCUGGAUGACAUGGCUAUGCACACGGAGCACAAACCCGUCCACAUACCCGAGGUGUCCGUGGUGGAAGCGUUCGAUGAAAUAGAAACUAACCCCAUGAAGUGUGCGAAACUUCUGCAAAUGUUGCUAAAGCAAGAAGCUAUCGAUAUCUGGCCUUUUGUGGAAAUUUUCGCCCAACACUCCAGGAGUUUUCUGGGGGAUAACGUCCCGAGAUAUUUACAAGAUUUAUACAAGGACGUGUGGUUCAGACUUAACACUGUAUUGCCCAGGAGAUUAUGGGUUCUGACUGUUAAAAAUCUUGUUGAUGACUUUUCAAGUUUAACAAGAAUUGAUGUUGCAGAGGAUCCCUUACAGAUAAUGAGAUGUGACGAACGAGUAUUUCGGUGUGCCCCCAUGUACUCCAUUGUCCUCAGAGUGUUACGAGCUAGCCUGGCAUCUUCCAGAAGUCAGCUGAUGCAACACUUGCAGUCUAAUCUAAGGUUGGAUCAAGCUGGUCAAGUUAUGAAUGAAGGGGAUCGAGAAGAUAUGUGUAGGGCUUGUAUUGCUGCCCAGGAAUCUGCUGCCAUUCAGAUGUUGAUCGAAACCUGUUCAGAAACGGAAAGUGAUAAAACUGUACCGGGCAGAGAAUGGGCUUUGCAGGAAGUUCGUUCUUUGGUCUCUAGUUAUCUGCAUCAAGCCUUCAUUGCCGAUACGACGCUCUGCAAACUAGUCCACUUCCAGACUUAUCCUAGCGAGCUGAUCGAAAUCGUCGUCAAAGGUGUACCCUCUAUGCACAUAUCCUUAGACUUUUUGCAAGAAUUGAUGCAGCAACCAAGCCUCAACAAACAGAUCUUUGGAAUCCAGUUACUUUCCUAUAUAAGUUUGCAGUAUGCUUUGCCGAAAAGUCUGAAUUUGUGUGUUACGGCGUUAAAUCUACUAUACGCUCUUAUUGGAGGUCUAUCGAGUGGCCAACGAGUAAAACUAUUCAAGCCCGUUCUACCAGCUUUGGUUCGGAUCAGCGAAGCUUUUCCACCGUUGACAGAAGACAUUCUCAAUCUCCUGAUGCAGUUGGCUCGAGUUUGUGAAUCGCAGGCGUCGUUGGCUUCCCAUUUCGAUGCACAUUUAGGGAAAAGUCUGGAGAUCGCUUCACAAGAAAGUGCCGAGUUGUGUGAUUUGACUCAGAGGACGUUUUCUGAAAUUCUAGAUCAGGCUGUUUUGAAAGCCAAAGUUUAUAAGCAAGAUUAGAAUUAAGAUUGGUGUUUGUAUAUUUUUUAAUACAAUAAAUAAGGGUGAAAAAGGAAAAGUCAGUUUUUGUUUUUAUUUGAUUCAGAGUUGGAUCACCAUCUCCAUAUGGCUAUUUCUGCAUCUCAUGCGUCCUCAGAGACGCUAUGCAGUCACAACUCUAAACCAAAUAUCAACAGCCUGCCUAUUUAAACGGUUACAUAGGUCUUGCGGGUAAAAAAGUGACUUUUUAAAAAAAUUAUAUCUCGAAAACUAAAAAUUAUUUUUAUUUAUAAUUGGAACAUGUAAAAGUGUAGUACUUAAGGUACUCUCAAAAAAAUGUUUAGCCAAAAAUAUUCAUUUUUGUGAGUUGACCGCAAUUUUUCGACAACAGCCCUUUUUUACGGUGGGCAGCAUAACUAAGUCCAGUCUCAUCUGAAAUCAAAAAAUCAAAAAGUUUCUUGUAGUUUAUACCUCUGACUAGUGGAUGAACGAAGGAAUUAAAAAAAAAAAAAUGAAAUUUUUUCACCUUCUCGACCCCAAUUUUUCUCAUUUUUUCAAAAAUGACCAUUUUUAAAGUAGUUUUUUUUAUAAAACAAAAACAACUUCACCUAAUAAAAAUUCCUUCGUUCAUUCACUAGUCAGAGGUAUAAACUACAAGAAACUUUUUGAUUUCAGAUGAUACUGGACUUAGUUAUGCUGCCCACCGCAAAAAAGGGCUGUUGUCGAAAAAUUGCAGUCAACUCUACAAAAAUGACUAUUUUUGGCUGAAAAUUUUUUUGAGAGUACCUUAAGUACUAUACUUUUACAUGAUCCAAUUGUAAAUAAAAAUAAUUUUUAGUUUUCGAGAUAUAAUUUUUUUUAAAAGUCACUUUUUUUUACCCCCAUGAUCUAUGUAACCCCUUAAGGGAAAUCACCGCGAUGCAAUAUUUCCACCUUCGAGACGUAAAACAGCGACAUCUCUCGUAAAACGAGGAAGACGAAAAGCCCUAGAUACAAAGUUUACUACAAUUAAACAAUUAAAAUAACUGAAAUAAAAAUAAUAAACAAUAUUUUAAAUCCAAGGCUUUUCGUUAAGAAACUGCUUUCUGGCUGCAUCCCGUAUCUCUGGCUUUUGCAAUAGAUUAGCACAGAGACCACGAAUAUAGAAGAAUGCAAAUAAAGGACACGGUCACGUAUUUACUUUAUUUUCGUCUGGGAAAAGGAGGGAAAGACAGAUUUGAGUACUUGAAACUAUCUUUCGGUCCUUUUCCUAGACGAAAAGAAGGUUUUUUUUGUUUAAUGUUUAUUUUGCAAUCUGUUACAUCAUAUAAUAACAAUAAGCAUACAUGUUGAUUGGUACAAUGUCGUGAGAGAGAGUUUGUCCAAUGAUCCACUCUCUGUAUGCACUUUUACAUUCUUACAUUUAUGUUAAAAACAAUAAAAAUUUGUAACUUUACAUUAUUACAUGGAUAUUAAAAAAUAAAAUAAAACUAUCACAAUUUAAAAUUAAUUUCAUAUGUACAAUUAUUGCUGUUAGAAUGGUAGAUCUAAGGGUGUUCUUAUUUUCAGCCUUCGGGUUUCUUCACUCUUGUCGAGCAGAUUAAUUGCCAGUGUGUUUUGAUGUUGCUCUAAGCGUCUUAGGUAGUUUGUGCUAAGCUGUUUAGUCACGGCAGUAAACGUUGGCAUCUCUAGAUCAUUAUAAAUGGCUCGGUUUGUUACGAACCAAGGAGCAUCUACUAUACUGCGCAGGGCUUUUGACUGGAAUCUCUUGAUGAUAGCAAUGUUCGAUUUAGAUGCUGUUCCCCAUAACUGGAUUCCAUAGGUCCAUACUGGUUUGAGAACGGUAUUGUAAGCUAGUACUUUGUUCCGCAAUGAUAAUUGUGAUUUUCUGCCAAGGAGCCAGUACAGCUUUUUCCAUUUAGUAUCCAGCUGCUUUCUUUUUUUCCAUAUGUGGGUACGCCAGAGAUGUUUGUCCAGGUGUAUCCCCAAAUAUUUUACGCUGUCUGUUUUAGGUAUUCGUUCAUUGUUUUAUGUGAGGCUUGUCGUUUCACCAUGGUAUUUUGUGAAUGUUAUGUGUGCAGAUUUACUUUCAUUUAUUGUAAUUCGCCAUUUCCUUGCCCACGUUGCUACAUUGGUGAGACUGGUUUGUAGUGUUGUCGCUGCUACUUCAGGAUUUUUGUUUACUGCUAAUAUAGCUGUGUCAUCAGCAAACGUAGAGGUGACUGUGUCAUCAGUACAUGGCAGAUCAGUCGUGAAGGUGAAGAGUAGGUAUAAGACUGGGCCUAAGACACUCCCUUGUGGGACUCCUGAUUUGAUGAUGUGUAGUUUAGUUACUUCAUUUUCAUAUCUGACUCUGAAGUACCGUUCUUCUAAGUAGGAUUUUAGAAUCAAAUAUAUUAUUGUUGGUAGCUGCGUUUUUAAUUUCUAAAGGAGUCCCUCAUGCCACACCUUGUCAAAGGCUUUGCCCACAUCCAAAAAAACUGAUUCACAGUAACUUUUAUCUUCGAAUGCUUUGAUGAUUGUGUUAACAACACGAUGCACUUGUUCUACUGUCGAGUGUUUCUGACGAAAUCCAAAUUGAUAGUCUGGGAUUAAGCUUUUUGCUGCGACAGUUUCCAUCAGUCUCUUCAUCAGUAACUUUUCCAUUAUUGUUGACAAGACUGGUAGUAAACUGAUUGUUCGAUAGGAGCUAGGUUCAUUUGGCUGUUUUCCCUGUUUAUGAAUUAAUAUGAUUUCUGCUACCUUCCAUUCUGCAGGGAAGUACUUCAGUCUUAGAACUGCGUUGAAGAGUUGCGUCAACAUAACGACCGCUUUUCUAGGAAGUUCUUUUAAUAUUUGGUCGGUAACCAGGCCAUAGCCAGGUGUCUUCUUGGGGUCUAAGUGAUUUUUUAUAACGUCGUAAAUUUCUUGUAUUGUGAAGUUUUUAAUAGGCUCCAUUUGUUGCUCGUUUUCCUCAAGGAAUGCAUAUAUUUCGUCGUAAUUAAUUCCGUUAGCAGGUGGUAACGGUUGAAAUACUUCCUCCAAAUAUCUACCGAAAACUUCUACCUUUUCUCCAUCUGUUUUGGCCCAGGUACCAUCAGAUUUUCUAAUUGGUGGGAUUUGAACUCGUGGCUGUUUUAGGUGUUUUGUGGCUUUCCAGAGACUAUAGUUAGUAUCGACGGAGGGUGAUAAGUUUUGUAGAUAUUCUGUGAAUGAUUUAUUUUUAAGUCUUCUAAGUGUUUUUUUUAGCUGCCUUGCAGCUCGAUUGUAUCUUCGUCUAUCAUCUGGGUGCCUUGUUCUUUGCCAGUUGUUUCUUAGUCUUCUCUUUUCGUUAAUCAUCUCUCUGACAUUUAAGAGGCAGUUUACUUGUUUUUGCUUUGGUGUUGUGGUAGGGGUUGAUUCCCAUGCAGCCCCUUGGGGGCUGCAAGAAAGUAGCUACGUGACCGUGUCCUUUCUGCUUUCUUCUAUAUUUGUGGUCUCCGUGCUUAUAAAGUCGGAGAUACAGGAUGCGACCAGAAAGCAGUUUCUUAACGAAAAGUCUUGGAUUUAAAAUAUUGUUUAUUAUUUUUAUUUCAGUUAUUUUAAUUAUAGUAAACUUUGUAUCUAUGGCUUUUCGUCUUCCUCGUUUUACGAUAGAUGUCGCUGUUCUACGUCUCAAAGGUGGAAAUAUUGCAUCGCGGUGAUUUCCCUUAAACGGGCAGGCUGUUGAUAUUUGGUUUAGAGUUGUGACUGCAUAGCUCCACCGAGGAAGCAUGAGAUGCAGAAAUAUCUAUCUGGAUCAAAUAAAAACAAUAACUGCCUUUUCCUUUUACAAUAAAUAAGUU